AUGAUGGGCUCCGUGCUCCCGGCUGAGGCCCUGGUGCUCAAGACCGGGCUGAAGGCGCCGGGGCUGGCGCUGGCCGAGGUCAUCACCUCCGACAUCCUGCACAGCUUCCUCUACGGCCGCUGGCGCAACGUGCUGGGCGAGCAGCUCUUCGAGGACAAGAGCCACCACGCCAGCCCCAAGACAGCCUUCACCGCCGAGGUCCUGGCGCAGUCCUUCUCCGGCGAGGUGCAGAAACUGUCCAGCCUGGUGCUGCCUGCGGAGGUGAUCAUCGCGCAGAGCUCCAUUCCGGGCGAGGGCCUCGGCAUCUUCUCCAAGACGUGGAUCAAGGCGGGCACCGAGAUGGGUCCCUUCACUGGCCGCGUCAUCGCCCCGGAGCACGUGGACAUCUGCAAGAACAACAACCUCAUGUGGGAGGUGUUCAACGAGGACGGCACAGUGCGCUACUUCAUCGAUGCCAGCCAGGAGGACCACCGAAGCUGGAUGACCUACAUCAAGUGCGCACGCAAUGAGCAGGAGCAGAACCUGGAGGUCGUCCAGAUCGGCACCAGCAUCUUCUACAAGGCCAUCGAAAUGAUCCCUCCUGACCAGGAGCUGCUGGUGUGGUAUGGAAACUCACACAACACCUUCCUGGGGAUCCCUGGUGUGCCCGGGCUAGAGGAGGAGCAGAAAAAGAACAAGCAUGAGGACUUCCAUCCGGCGGACUCGGCGGCGGGCACCGCGGGCCGCAUGCGCUGCGUCAUCUGCCACCGCGGCUUCAACUCGCGCAGCAACCUGCGCUCGCACAUGCGCAUCCACACGCUGGACAAGCCCUUCGUGUGCCGCUUCUGCAACCGCCGCUUCAGCCAGUCGUCCACGCUGCGCAACCACGUGCGCCUGCACACGGGCGAGCGCCCCUAUAAGUGCCAGGUGUGCCAGAGCGCCUACUCGCAGCUGGCCGGCCUGCGCGCCCACCAGAAGAGCGCGCGCCACCGGCCGCCCAGCGCCGCGCUGCAGGCGCACUCGCCUGCGCUGCCCGCGCCGCACGCGCACGCGCCCGCGCUCGCCGCCGCCGCCGCCGCCGCCGCCGCCGCGCACCACCUGCCGGCCAUGGUGCUGUGA